AAGUAGACGGGGCUUAUUUCUGAUAGUCUGUGACUUUGCAACCCUACCCGCGUUUGUAUCGAUUCAGGCGCUGCGUUGUUUUUCUGCAAAUAUUUUGAAAGAACGCGUUCAAAUGCACCCGAAAAUGGAGAAAACCCUGUGAAAGUCAACUGGAUUGGUGAAAGUGCAACACUACUAUGGAGAUACCUAUUCAGGUGGCCGUGCGCAUCUGUCCUUACACCGAGCCUAGCGAAAACCGCAAGCCUGUCGCGGGGGCAGAGGCUGACGCGUCUGCAUUUGGUAAUGCGGAGGCGAUAGCGGAGUCGUUUUCCGAUUCGGAGGAUAACAAAAAUGACGCCUCCAACAGACAAAGGCCGGAGGAGUCGACAGAUGCCAACGGGAACAGCGAGGGGGGCAGACAGCUGAAGAAGGAGACGCUGCCGACAGACAGCAAUGGCAAUGAGAAUGGAACCAUUGUGCCCUUGGGAUCGGGAUGCUGUGUGCAAGCCAUCCCGAUAUCAGCAUCCGCUCUGGGGCUUCCCAGCGCGCUGCCUGGCGGUAGGGCCCAAGACAGCAUCGCGGCAGGCCUCAUACAAGUGGGCGCACACACAGUGCCCGUCACACACGCUCUGGGCAGCGGUACCACCCAGAGUCAGCUAUACUAUCAGACGGUGUUUCCGCUGAUCAGUCUGUUUCUGGAGGGAUUCGAUGCCUCGGUGGUGACUUACGGACAGCGGGGCCAGGGCAAGACCUACACGCUGUACGGGCCUGGCUUUGAGUGCGUUUAUGGGGAAGCGGACCAGGGCGUGGUGCAGCGCUGUGUCCGCGACAUCUUCGCCCACAUCGCCGGACACUCAGAGCGCACCUACGCCGUCAAUGUUGGCUUCGUCGAGAUCUGUGAGGGCGAGGUCUGUGACCUGCUGGACAUGGGGAACGUCCAUUGCCAGAGUGUGGAGGAAGUGUUCCGCUGGCUGCAGAUUGGCCUGGCCACCAGGCAGCCGAAGUCGGCCCACAGCCUAUUCACGCUCACGCUUGAGCAGCAGUGGGUGUCCAAGGAGGGACUCAUCCAGCACCGCUUGUCCACCGCCAGCUUCUCGGAUCUGUGCGCCACCGAGCGCUGGGGCGAGCCGCCGCCCGGCAAUCCGCGUGAUGCCGGUCUCCAGAUGUUGGAGCUGGUGGUCAACACACUCACCGAUCCCAGCAUCAUGUACGGAGUGAACGGCAACAUUCCAUAUGGCCAGACCACCCUCACGACCCUGCUCAAGGACUCGUUCGGGGGCCGGGCCCAGACCCUGGUGAUUUUGUGCGUCUCGCCGCAGGAACAGCACGUGGCGGAGACCCUGGGCAACCUGCAGUUCGCCUUCAAGGUCCAGUGCGUACGGAACUAUGUCAUUAUGAACACAUACUCCGACGACAAUACGCCGAUCUCUCCAGAAACAAUGCCCAACGGCUCUUCCAAUCCCGGUGCUGGACCCUUGGCCCAGGUAGCAGCCGGAGAUAACUUCGGGCUCCAAUUCGCGGCGAGUCAGUGGUUCAAGCUUGUGUCCAACGCAGAGGGACUGUUUGCCAAAUUGAUGGCCUCCAACCUGAUCAGUGAACUGGAGAAGGAGCAGAUCGAGGAGUGGCUCUUUCUCAAGCAGGAGUGCGAGGAGUGCCUCAGCUCGACCGAGGCCAUGCGCUCUCAAAAGCAGCUGGUGCCCAUUCAGGAAGCUGAGGAGCCCGAGGAGUCGGUCAGCGAGCCCCCGAACUCCGACAAUGACACGGACAAUGAGUCGCAGCGUCCCGAUCUGGCCGACAAGCUGGAGAGCCUAAUGGAGGAGUUCCGCGCCAAGACCGAUGCCCUCAUUCAGAGCAAGCAUGCCGAGUUCCUCACAAAGCAUCCCAAGGCAGUCAUGCAGAGCCAGGAGCGGGAUAAAGAAAGCAAGCUGGAUGCUCCGCCCGAGAAAGAUAAGGAGAAGAUUGAGGAACGAAAAACCAGCAUUGCAGGUCGGCGGCGUAGCAUUCAGCCAGGAGCCAGUCUCAGCACUGCGGAGCUAGCUCUGCUCAAUCGCGUGGCCUUGCAGCAGCCAACGGCUCAGCCGCCGCCUCCAGUUUUGGACCCUGAAUCGAGUAUCGAUCCCCUGGAGAGCUCCGCAGGCGAAGGGCUGCGGCAGGCGGCCAUUGCCGCCGCUGCCGCCAAUGCGCCCAUCGAGCAGCUGCAGAAGAAACUGCGAAAGCUGCACGCUGAGAUCGAGGGACGGCAGCGGCAGCUGAAGGAGAUCGAGCAGACGAUGCAGGUGAAGCAGAACAUCAUCAGUGAACUGGUGAAGAACAGCGACACGCGCAGCCAUGCCAAGCAGCGGUUUCAGAAGAAGAAGGCCAAGCUGGAGGCCGAGUGCGAUAAGGCCAAGAAGCAUCUGGCCAAGGCCCUCAUCCAGGGCAGGGAAAAGGGGGAGACCGAGCGCUGGUCAGCGAUCAUAGCCCACAUCGAGCAUCGGCUGGAAGACCUCAGCUCCAUGAAGCACAUUGCCGGCGAGAGUGGCCAAAAGCUGAAGAAGCUGCAGCAGUCCAUGGCCGAGUCGCGCAAGCAGCAGGAAGAGCUGGAAAAGAAGAUCCGAAAGGAGAGCAAGCUGCGCGAUCAGCUCGAGACGGAGCUCGCCAAACUGAAGGAGUCACGCGACGGCGCCAGCGGCGGCAAGGAACUGGUGAAGCUAGACUCUCCGGAGCAGCAGGGCAGACAGCUGAAGGCAGUCCAGGCCCGGAUCACUCACCUGAAUCACAUUCUCCGCGAGAAGUCGGACAACCUGGAGGAGUGUGCGGGCGGAGAGGGCCCGGCACCGGCCCAGCAGGAGAGCCUACGCCACGAGAUCCGCAAUCUGAGGGGCACCAGAGAUUUGCUGCUGGACGAGCGCUGUCACUUGGACCGGAAGCUGAAACGGGACAAGAUGCUGACUCAGCGCGAGGAGCGCAAGCUGCUCGAGUGCGACGAGGCCAUUGAGGCCAUCGAUGCUGCAAUCGAGUUCAAGAACGAGCUCAUCUGCGGCCACAAGUCGAUCGACACCAGUGACCGGCUGCAGCGGGAGAAAGGCGAGCAGAUGCUGAUGGCGCGCCUCAACAAGCUCUCACCGGAGGAGAUGCGCACGCUGCUGUACAAGUACUUCAACAAAGUCAUCGACCUGCGCGACUCCUCCCGAAAGCUGGAGCUGCAGCUGGUGCAGCUGGAGCGUGAACGGGACGCCUGGGAGUGGAAGGAGCGCGUCCUCUCCAAUGCAGUCCGCCAGGCCCGGCUCGAGGGCGAGCGCAACGCGGUCCUGCUCCAGCGGCAGCACGAGAUGAAGCUCACUCUGAUGCUGCGCCACCUGGCCGAGGAGACCUCGGCCAGUUCAGCCAGCUAUGGUGAGCGUGCCCUGGCCCCCGGCCAUCAGACGAGCAGCGGCGACUUCGACUAUGAGCUGGACUUCUACAAGGCGGCCGCCACCACCACCACCACGACCAACCACAAGGCUCUGGUCAAGCCACCCAAGUCCACGCCCAGCGGGGCCGCUUUGGAGAAGUACAAGGACAAGGAGCAAAGAGGGGCUGGGCGGAAUAUCUUUGCCAAGUUCCAGGUGCUCACACGGUACGCUUCCUCGGCAGCGUCAGCGGCGGCGGCCGGCUCUUGCAGUUCAACGGUGGACGAAUCGACGGCACUGAUUGAGUCAACUACCACCGCGACGGCAACGACGACGACCACAACAACCACCACGACCACGGGUGGCAAGAGCAAGGAAAGAGGCCUGCCCAACAUACGGCAGGAUCAGCUGAAGCGCCUGAUGCCAGCGCCAACUGUCACGAAGGUGACGCGGCAGAAGAACAAGAUCAUCAUCCAGGAUGCCAGCAGACGGAACUAGAAGCGAAUUUAAGGGUGUGUGUCAAUGUGACUAACGAUGAAUCUCGUUGCCUAAUAUCUAUAUAUAUAUAUAUAUAUUUCGAUGCUUUCCUGUAAUACUCAACUAAUGUAAUGUAAUCUCAGAGUCGGAUACGAGGACAGAGUGUCCUCCGGCUAUGUACUGAACAAGUUACGUCCACAGUCAUGACACAAAAUAGACUUGACAUGGUUCUCAGCACUGGACCGCAUUUAUUAUAUACAUGAACACCAUAUACUCACAUAUAGCUAGCUAUCCUCAAGAGAUCUAGAUCUAGAACUGAAAAGACUCGAUCUGCUACUUAAAAUACUCGCAAGACAAACCACCAGGAGGAGACCGGUAGACAGCAGACAGCAAAUCUGACUUAAAUUGUUGAACUAAGAACCACCUCGUUUUGAAUUUCCUGUACAUAGGCGAAGCAAUGCUAUUUUUAUUACUCAUUUAAUUGAUUUUGACCCAGCUUAUGAUUUUAUUAUGUUUAAGUCUACGUUUAAGCACUUUUGUGUCUUCCCCCAACUCUGAUUGACUUUUGUUGGAACCCGAAAUACUAAGCCCAAGUGUGAAUCCCAAGCAUUUAGCCUGUACCAUUUACUAUCCUAUAUGAUAAUACUAAGAACUAAUACAAAUAAGGUGUCCCUACGAUAAUAUCUAUUUAAAUCUGUAAGAAAAUCGUACCUUUUUGGUUGUGUUUAA